UCUGAACCUCUGAGCCGCACGCAGCAGUCACACCCCCUUUCUCUGAACACCGCAGACUCCAGACACACACACACGCACACACGCCCGCACACACACUUGACAUAAGCUGGGCACAACAGCGCAGACAGACAGAAGACCAGGGAGAAAUUGUCUUUAACCGUGCGUUAUUACACCGUGCUGUCUGAAUGUGACGCGACGACACUGAACCACAACGCCGUCCGUUUGAGGUGGGCUGGCCGCAGUGAUGUCCAGAUCCACGAAAUCAGCCUCAAGGUCUCGGAGCCGCUCGAGGUCCCGGUCAAGAUCCCGCUCCACCUCUCGCUCCAGGAGUCGCUCCAGAUCCCGGUCCAGGAAGCGUCACUACCGCUCUAGGUCUCGGUCAUGGUCAAGAUCUCGUUCUCCACCUCAUAACCGGGAGAAGAAAUAUCCAAGGGGAUACCAGCAGAACAACCGUGAGUUCCGGGGCUGGCACCGCGGCUUCCGGAGGCCGUACAACUUUAGGGGCCGAGGGCGGGGCUACUUCCCACGUGGACGCUUCCAGCGUGGUGGUGGUAGUGGUGGCUAUAACAACAACAACAACAACAACAACUUCCGCCCCAACUGGAAGAAUUACAAGCAGUACCCUCAAAAACAGCAACAGCAGCAGAAUUAUUCACGAGGACGCUCUCACAACGUCCAGCAACGCUCAGGAAGUCCCCCUUGUGGUCAUGCUCACCACUCUGACAGAUCCUCCUCACCAUUAUCCAGACACUCGCAGCAUUCUUCCUCUUCCUCACACUCCUCCUCUCCCAAAUGCACGCCAGCCUUGUUGCUGACUAACCAAAACUCCAAAGAUGUAAAAGAGGAGCUCUCAGCCUCCAAGGAGGUCCAAAAGGGAGGAGGAGGAGGAGGAGGAGGAGGGGGAGGGGGAGGAGGAGGAGGGGGAGAUGGAGAGGCAGUUGAGCUUGUCGGGGUGUUGGCAGGAGAUGCCAAAGAAGCCACAAGCAGUGGGAAAACUGAAGGGAACUGGCAGGGCCUGACAGACUGCAGCAGCAGUCCAAAGAGAGCGAGUCCUCUGGCAAGCUCUGCUGUUAUUGUUAAUCAGAACAGCCAAACUACUAACCAGUCUACAGAGUCCCCUAAAAUCACAAAUGACAUCAGCAAUGGCGCCCCCUCCUGGAAGACGGUGUCUAGUUCAUCCACAACAAAAAAAUCCUCACACGAAGGUCUAAAUCCAAUGCUGUCCAGCUUUGACUUCUUCUCCAACGAGGAAUACCUGGAUGGAGAUAAAACAGCAAUCUCCAUCGCCUUCAGACAGUUUUUGGAGGAGCAGCAAAAUAAAAAAGCUAAAGCUUUGGAAAAUGGCAAGAACACAGAAGCCAAUGAUGUGGAUAUGGAACAAGGAAAAGUGAAUGGCAAAGCACCAGUGAAUCACUCUGACUCGGUGUCAAGAAAGCACAAAGAGGACAUUGAUGGUGAAGUGUCUCUGAACAGCUUUUUGAAAGCGUCCCCUUUUCUGUCUGCUGACGGGGAGGAAGAAGAGGAGAUGGUAAUCAAGCCUCAGUCAAAGUCACUUCACAAAGACUGGCACAAUGGAGACGAGUCCUUUAAGCCAAAGAUCAAGGUCACUAACUCAGCCCGGGAACUGUUUGAUGAACGCUUUGGCAAAUGGCAGAAUGUGUCUUACUCCCAGGUAGCUAACUGUGACCUUGACACCAUGGCAGAGGACAUGUAUCUCAGUCGUAAGCAGGAUAAAGCAGCGGCCAUUGCUGCUGCCCUCGCCAAGAGGGAGUUAGCAGGAAAAUGUGAGGAACUGUCUCCAGACAUGGGUGGUAAAGCCAGGAAGAUUGCAAAAUCUCCUUCCAUCCAAUCUGCUACACCACCACCAAGAAGGAACUCUGACAGAGAGCUCAGGGGAGAGGACUCGCCUUUCAUGUCCUCAAGAAAACAGGAAACUAAAUUAAAUGUCAGAAUGGAUUUCCUCGGAGAUAGCCUGAUAAGCUCUGAUAUUUUAGCUGAGGAGCGACAGUUGUCUCAGGAUCUUGUGCAGGCCUCUAAAAAGGAUCAGGAGUUCCGCUCCAUCUUUGAUCAUGUUAAGGCUGCUCAGAUACAGAGGAGUCCCUCUGAGCUGUUUGCUCAGCACAUUGUCACCAUCGUUCACCACAUUAAAGCUCAGCACUUUCCGUCCUGUGGAAUGACUCUAAACGAGCGAUUCACCAUGUACCAAAGACGAGCUGCUGAGAAGGAAAUGAUGAAGCCAAGAAAAAGCCCAGAGAUACACAGGCGAAUUGAUGUUUCACCAAGAGCUUUUAAGAAACACUCUCAACUUUUUGAGGCGAUGAAAAGCUCAGAGGAUGGCACUUACAAGGAUGGCGGGGAAAAAAUGAAGGGUGAUCCAAUGGACCUUCGUUUGGAUAUUGAGCGCCGUAAAAAAUACUCCACCCAUGACAGAGAAUAUGAUCAAGAUCGGGGAAGAGACAUGGGAGAUUCCCCAGACUGUAGUAGAGAGAGAAGUGUGGAAAAGUUCUCCAAAUGCCGUGAGAGAUCAAAGAAACAUAAGAAGAAGCGCUCUCGCUCAAGUUCGUCCUCGUCUUCUUCGUCCUCUAAGUCCCAGAAAGAAGAUUUGCCCCAUGGCAAGUCUGAUCCCAAAGAUAAAGGCUUUAACAAGGCCCGACUGGGUCAGAGAGAGUCACCAGGACCGCCUGAAAGAGGAAGGCCACGUGGAGGAUUUCAAGUCCGAAUUCGGGGAAGGGGCUGGAACAGAGCCAAUUAUCAGGGAAACUGCUCACAAAGUAACAACAUGGCAAACAUGGCAGUGCACCCAAAAAAUGAGGACUGGGACCCAGAGUACACACCCAAAAGCAGAAAAUACUACUUGCAUGAUGACAGAGAACGGGAGGCGGAGCACAAAUGGGUGGACAACCGAGGGCGAGGACGGGGAGGCUUCUCGCGUGGAAGGGCGCGAUUCAUGAUCCGCAAAGCCACUGGGUGCCCCAACACCAAUAGCCCCAAAUGGGCGCAUGACAAGUUCCAAAUCAACGGGGAGCAAGGUGACGCCCGGGAAGAGGAGACAGAACAGGACCAUAAAGACGGAGAAAUGGACGGGGAGAAUACUUGAGCAGUGAAGCAGUGAAAUCUUAAUAUUCUUCUGUGUUGUUACGGCAUCUGACUCAGUGAUUUUAUCCGCCACAGUGGAUUCAUAAAUGCAGAUUAAAACGUUUAAAGACUCUCAUUAUGCUUUACUUUCAGUGUAGGAUACUCACUCUGACUUGACACAACUAUUUUCCAAUCAGGAUAGAACCUAUAACCAGUAGAAGCACUGUUUGAGGGUGAAUUGCUGUUUCGCGUAAGAAUUCAGAUUUACGUCACACGCUUGUUUUGCUUUUUAUGGUUAAGGGAAAUUUUACACUUUUGUCACAGGAAUGAUCAAAAAAAAAUUCACUUGUAUUUUUAAGUAGUAACAAAAAAAAAAAUCACAUCAUAGAUCAAAUCAGCUUGUGCCUUAUACUUGUGCAAAUGAAGAAAUAUUGUGUGUGCAGGCUUGUUUUGAGCCUUUUCUUGUCUAGAUUUAAAGCAAUAAGUACACUGUAGUUCAUGUUGACAUAAAACGUCACUGUUUAACUAGUCCUACAAAUGACCCUGAUGUGACAUGGGACCAAACUGUAUGGGGUCAAAGCUUAUUAUGCUCUGCAGUCUUUCAUUAUACACCAUCCAACAGAUCUAAGAUACUAGCUGGCAGCAUAGGAGGCUGUUAUUAUAAGGAUAACUACCUGUACAUUUAGUAUGUUGCUCAUUAAAUAUUUUGCCGUCAAAGAUUUCUCUAUGUUACAGUAGCUCUUUGCUUGAUCUUGGUACCACUAAUCAAUAUAUAAUAUUGAUAGUGAUUGUAUUUUGUUUUCUCCAGAGACAUUCAUUUAAGUUUUUGUACCUGGCUGGGCAGGAUUUUGACUUUGUUUGUAAAGGACUUGCCAUAGUUUUUGACGUGUUUUUUAAUUGCUGUUCGCAAACUUGUCUCCUGUCAAUGAGAAUAUAACCUCCUGAGACCUGAGCUUUUGUUUGGUGCACAUUUUUAAUUUUUCUUAGCUAUUUGGGAUUAGAUGGACAUGGUGAGUGUAAAAUACUCAUCUUUAAACAGUAAGCAGUUCUGGAAUAAAAUCCUGUCCUCAUAUGGGGAAGAUGGAUUUUUGAAACUGUUUAUUUCAAUGCCUGAACGUUGUUGUGCAAAAAGAAAAUUGCAGACAAUGCAACAUAUGUUCAAUGUUUUGUAUUUCAAUGGGUUAGGGGUCAUGUCAGAAACUGUUCAAACCUGCUUAUUUCAAUGUCUGAACAAGUGCAAAAGUAAAAUUGCAAAUAACGCAGCAUAAAAACCUUGUGAUUUGUUUGUCUUGUACCUCUAUGAAUUUUACUUGCUCCAUACUCCAAGUUAGGACUGUACUUUUUGUCUGUAGGAACAGUCUGUCACACUUAAUUGGCCGAUGUAAAAUGCUGUGAUAAUAUAAUAAUAAAGUCCCAGUGUCCUCAAAUGAGUACUUCAAAAUUUACAGCAUUUUAGCUCAUUACUAUUGCUACAACUGGUCAAACGUGUUGCCAUAUCAAACUACAAACAUUAUUAAGCGUAAAAAAAAGUUUCAACCAUUACAUUUGAUCAGGUGUUAUACCAUGUCCACUCCUGUGUUGGAAUCAGCUGCAGACUGACUCAGCAGAGAUGGCUGCCAUCUUGUUUUUUUUUUUUGUUUUUUUUUUUUUUUUUAAAUCAGGAUUAGGAUAUGCCCUUACCACCACUAGAUGGCACACAAAAGCACCCAGGAUUGAGGACAACAGGUCUAAGUUAAGCAAAAUAAAAUAUAAGGUGGCGCAAACCUAAUAUGCAAUGUCCACAUAUGAGGACACAAGGUCACAGGAGGUUAAUCUGUUGCGUAAGCUGUGUUCAACUGUAAAAGGCUUAAAGUUACUAUUUGUUUAGUCUGUAGUUGUAAGACAGAAAUACAAGACAAUUUGUAGAGCAAGAAUUACAUAUGUGUAAAUCUAGAAUAAGAUUAUAAUGUCAGUGCAUAGCUCGAACUAUUUCAAGUCUAGGAUUAGACAUGUCUGUUUGGCUAACCGCCAGUACAGCUGAAAAACAAUUGUUGUGCCUUGCUGUGCGUCCGCUCGUCUUAUUUGUACAAUACAGAUUGAGAGUCACAUUUGAUUGUUUAAAGGUUACCUGCUUGGGACUGGGGAGUACUUUUUUUAAAUAGGUGUUGUUACUGUUUUUUUCUUAGACUGUAAAUUAAAGAGACACUGAUUACCAUACCA